CAGACAUCAAUACUUUUGACAUUGAAAUCCUGAUGACAUUGAUUCGUUACUGUUGUAGAUUCACGUAUCCCGAUGACGACUGGGAACAACCGGAUAAAAUAGAUAAUCCCGAACUCGCAAAUCUUAUCCGCAUCCAACAGUAUAAAAACACUAAAUUAGAUCGGAAUACAAGUUGUAAAAUACCAGCCAAGGAUUUUGAUGAGGAGUGGAAAGAAGUAAAAGAAAUUCUCUUGGAUCUUGGUGUUCCCUCUAACGACAUCGAAGACAUUCGCCUUAGAAAAGGUUUUGAUAAGACUGCCAUUCAAGAAAUACAGAACUUCCAAACGAUCAUGUUACUUGUUGUUGGCCUUGGUACACAUGUGAUGAGGAAGUACUUUCUACGAGUUCACAAUCUGAAAGAGGGAGAUGUUGGGCAGUUUCUGAUGAGUAUGAAAAGUAGCUUUACAAAAGAAGCAAGGUUGUUUAGAGACCAGAAGAACAAAAUGUUUACACCAAAUGCAAACAUUAAUGACUUUGAUAUUUCAAUCAUGAUCAAAAUCAUUCGCUACUGCCACUGCGGCAAUCCACUUCCGGAUUCGUUUUGGUUACAACCAGAUGAAAAGCUUGACAGCGAACUUACAAAUUUUGUUCGUAUCCAGCAAUUUAGAAAUACAAAGUUUGCCCACACAGCGAGUCCAAGGAUGUCAACAAAGGAGUUUGAUGUUGAAUGGAAGAAUCUGACGUCCAUAUUCCAAGGAGUUGGAGUUUCAAUGGAAGAUAUUGAUCAAUAUAAACGAAUUCGAUUAUCAAUCUAACUUGAAUAAUACCAACCAUCAGUUUUGGCACAUUACUGCACAUGCUUGGAUUUGAUUUUCUGUAUGUCUGUAUGUCACCUAAAACUAAAUGUAAAUAUAUAAACUAAUGUAUAUAAUAAUACGAAGUACAAAUGUUUUUCUAUAUAACCCAAAUUUACCUUCUGUGAUUUCGACCCCAAGCUGUGAACACUCAUUAUAUGGAAGGUGUCACCGGUUCUACAG